AGUAUUCUCCAAUUCAUUCGUUCUAUACGACCUUCAACAAUGCGUCGGUGUUUCUCAACUGCCACAAAUUACUUUGAAAUUCAUUUGAAAAAUGAAUUAGCUGGAAUUAAGAAUGCUGGAACGUUCAAGACUGAAAGAGUCAUUCAAGGAAGACAAGGUGUUUUGGUGAAAGUAACCGGAUCUGACAAACCAGUCAUCAAUUUUUGUGCCAACAACUACCUCGGUUUGAGUAGUCAUCCAGAAGUCAUUGCUGCCGGCCAAAAGGCUUUGGAAACCCAUGGAGCUGGACUCUCAUCCGUUCGAUUUAUUUGUGGAACUCAAGAUAUUCAUAAGGAAUUGGAGCAAAAGAUUGCACAGUUUCACGGAACGGAAGAUACCAUUUUGUAUGCAGCAUGCUUUGAUGCAAAUGGUGGGAUUUUUGAAGUAAUGACUGGAGAGCAGGAUUCAAUAAUUUCUGAUGAGCUCAAUCAUGCUUCGAUUAUUGAUGGGAUCAGAUUGAGUAAAGCAAAGAGGCUUCGAUAUAAGCAUUUGGAUUUGGGAGAUUUGGAAUCAAAAUUAAAAGAAGCAGAAGAUUCUCGAUUCCGUCUAAUUGUCACUGAUGGAGUCUUCUCAAUGGAUGGGGAUGUGGCACCACUUGGAGAUAUCACUAGUCUCGCUGAAAAAUAUAAUGCUCUCCUGUUUAUUGACGAGUGCCAUGCUACCGGGUUCUUUGGUAAAACUGGUCGAGGUACUGCUGAAGCUGUUGGAGGUCGUCCUGAUGUUAUCAACUCUACCCUUGGAAAGGCUCUUGGUGGUUCAAUGGGUGGAUAUACAACCGGCCCAAAACCCCUCAUCGAUCUUUUGAGACAACGCUCCCGUCCUUACUUGUUCUCCAAUUCACUUGCUCCAAGCAUUGUGGGAAGUAGCAUCAAGGUAUUCGAUCUACUCAUGAACGAUUCUUCAUUCAUUGGCUCGCUCCAAACAAAUGUUUCUCACUUCCGUAAAAGUAUGGCUGCCAAUGGAUUUACUAUUCUCGGAAAUGAUCCAACUCAUCCUAUCUGUCCAGUUCUUCUUGGAGAUGCAAAGUUGGCCGCAACAAUGGCUGAUGAACUUUUGAAAAUGGGAAUCUAUGUGAUUGGUUUCUCUUUCCCAGUUGUUCCAAAAGGAAAAGCAAGAAUUCGAGUUCAAAUUUCAGCUGCUCAUUCGAAACAACACAUUGAUCAGUUAAUCGAAGCAUUUGCAACUGUAGGAAAGAAACUUAAUGUUAUCUGAAAACUUAAUAAAAUAAACGUUUUAAUUAAAAAAA